AUGAAGGCAAAUAUGUAAAAAUAAAACGAUAAACAACUUCAAAUUCUAUUGAAAAGAUCUUACGAGACAAGCUAUCGUACGAGUGAAAGAAAAAUCGACACGAAAAAUUUCAAGGUAUUACUCGAUUUCGUUACCUAAAUUUUGUAUAAAUCGUAAACACAUGCGUAUUAAUUAAAUAAUAUUAUUAAUCAAGUACAAAUGAAACUAAAAGAUUAUCGAAGAAGCGACGCCAUCGAAGAGACGCUAUCAAUAGGUUAGGAAAAGUUACGAAUCUAAUGCGACGUAUUAUGUUGUUACUGUCACGAAAUUCUGUGGAUAAAUGAUACCCUCGACACGUUUCGAGACAAAGUCGAAAGUGGCCGGGAGUCUGCGACCCUACAUAAACACAGGUGUUUGUAUUCGUGUUGUUUUGAUCUGGAGCUUCAAGGCUCUUACUUUAUCUAAGAAACGAAAAGCUUUAUUACAUCAUGCAGUGAAAUUAUUAUUUUAACUAUUAAAAACGAACAUUUUUAACAAACUAUUGAAUUUAGUAUUAGAAUUGUUAAAAAUUACACAGUGCAAAAUUAGAGAAUCAACAAACGAUAAUAAAUAUAAUAAACAUAAUAAAAGUACAAGCAUAUGUAUUUAUGUAAUAUACAUAUGUGAUUAUCUUCUAGAAUUUACUAUAUUAAGUAUAUUAAUUCAGAUUUCUAAACUUCAGAAGAAAUUCUUAAAGGUCUAUGCAAUGUUA